GUUAAACACUGCUACUACCCUCGAUUAUAUUCACUUCUUGGCUUUCUCUCCCUAAAAAUCCCCAAAUCGAAAACCCUAAUUUUACUUGCUUGUUCUUCAAUUGCUCAUUCGAAAUGGUUCCUUUUUCAGUUACGGCGUCUACCCAGAUUCGGUAUCUGCUCGAAAGCGUCAAUGAUUCGAACUUUGACUCUGUGUUUCAAGAAUUGUGUGAGUUCAUUGAAUAUGGAACCCAGGAAAGCAUAUUGGUGCUCCAAACCUGCUUUGACCAAUUGGCUAUGCAUGCAAAAGAAUAUAAGAACAUGCAACUGGAACCUAUAUUCGUAUCAGUUUUUAGAAACAUUUUGAAUAGGCCAAACUUCAGCACACUAUUGUGUCAGUCACUUAGAAGUGUGUCAGUUAAUGAAGAGUUCUUGGAGAGUCUCUGCAAGGCCUUGCAACUAGCAGCACCUGAAAGAAUCGUUAUAGGUCUUGCUCUAUCAGAAUCUGAAAACCUUGACGUCAGAAUGUGUGGGAAGAGUUUCUGCAUAAAUCAAAUUGCACAGCUAUGUUCUAAUAAUGAAUCGCUGGAAUCUGCUGAGCAAAUUCAAAACGUUAUCAUUUUCCUCAAUCAAUCUGAAGGACUUUCAGAGCAUGUGGAUUCAUUUAUGGAAAUACUGUCACUAGUUAAUUUGAAGGAGGAUUCUGAGUUUAUCCUAUCUCCUUUGAUCACAGAUGAAUUGCGUGAAGCCAAAUUUUUCAGGAAUUUGGACAUGCUCAAUGAUGGCUCUGAAAGUGAGUUUGAUACUAUCUUGGCUGAUAUGGAGAAAGAAUUAAGUAUGGCUGACCUGAUGACAGAAUUUGGUUAUGGUUGUACCGUGAAUGUCCCACAGUGCAAAGAGAUGUUGUCCCUAUUCUUACCAUUGACAGAAGCUACUGUUGCUAAAAUAUUUGGAACAGUUGUUCGCACUAGUGCUGGGCUUGAUAGCUACCACCAGAAUACCUACUUGACAUUUUGUUCUGCUAUAACUGGCAGCAGCUUGUCCGAUCUUCCACAUGUAGAUUCGUGGAAUGUUGAUGUGCUCAUUGAAUCUAUAAAGCAACUAGCUCCAGGAAUCAACUGGAUAAAGGUCUUUGAGAACCUUGAUCAUGAGGGUUUCUACAUUCCGAAUGAGGCUUCUUUUGCUAUUCUCAUGUCUAUAUACAGAUAUGCGUGUCAGGAACUGUUCCCGCUACAUGCUGUUUGUGGCUCUGUAUGGAUGAAUACUGAAGGUCAGCUAUCUUUUCUCAAGCAUGCUGUCUCAGCACCACCUGAAGUAUUUAGCUUUGCACAUUCUGGGAGACAGCUGGCUUACAUAGAUGCCGUGAAUGAUCACAAGUUCCAUCCGGGACAUGCGAAUCAUGCAUGGCUAUGUCUUGACCUUGUGGAGGUGUUGUGCCAGCUAGCUGAGAGGGGUCAUGCAGGUUCUGUUCGAUCAAUGCUGGAGUAUCCUCUCAAGCACUGCCCUGACAUUUUGUUGCUGGGGAUGGCGAGCAUUAAUACGGUAUAUAAUCUUCUCCAAUACGAAGUUUAUUCAAGUGUCUUUCCUGAGCUGCUGAUUAGUUCUACUGGGGCCACUGUGAUCCUUCAUCUCUGGCAUGUCAAUCCUAGCCUUCUGCUGCGUGGAUUUAUGGAUGCAUUUAGCAUGGACUCGAGUAAUAUGAUUAGAGUUUUGGAGUUGUGCCAUGAGCUAAAGAUUCUAUCACUGGUAUUGGAGAUGGUUCCUUUUUCUUUUGGUAUCAGGAUGGCUGCACUUGCUUCUAGAAAAGAACUUGUAGACCUGGAAAAAUGGCUGAAUACCAACUUAGUUACAUAUAAAGAUACCCUUUUCGAGGAGUGCCUCAAGUUCAUAAAAGAGGUCCAAAUUAGCACUCAGGAUACGCCACCCACCCGUUUUGAUCAAUCUGGUUCUCUUUGGAAUAUUUAUUCAGAAACAAUCCCUACAUUUUUAAAGGUCCUGCAAGCUAAUACGAGCUCAAUUUCUUCUCGCAGUCUUUGUGAAGAAAUAGAGAAGCUGAAUGUGACUGUUAUGCAUUCUAAUAUAAGGGUUGUUAAUCCUAAUGGUACUGAUUCCACAACUGCUGAUGGAUAUGCAGAAGAUAUUGAGACAGAGAUCAACUCUUAUUUUCAUCAGAUGUUUUCUGGCCAGUUGGCAGUUGAUACAAUGAUUCAGAUGCUUGCUCGGUACAAAGAGUCAUCUGAAAAAAGGGAACAAUCUAUAUUUGAGUGCAUGAUUGCAAAUCUAUUUGAAGAAUACAAAUUCUUUUCUAAGUACCCUGAAAGGCAGCUCAAGAUUGCGGCAGUUCUUUUUGGAUCACUUAUUAAACACCAACUUGUCACCCAUCUCACGCUUGGCAUCGCUUUGCGUGCUGUUCUGGAUGCAUUACGCAAGCCUGCAGAUUCAAAAAUGUUUGUUUUUGGCACCAAAGCUCUGGAACAGUUUGUUGACCGACUGAUUGAGUGGCCCCAGUAUUGCAAUCAUAUUUUGCAAAUAUCUCAUUUACGUGGUACUCAUUCAGAGCUUGUUGCAUUCAUUGAACGAGCACUUGCCAGAAUCUCAUCAAGCCAUUCAGAGUCAGAUUUGGGCCAUGUUGCUGCUGUCGAUCAACACCACAAUCCUAUUUCUGCAGCACAUGCCGAGAUGCAGGGCCCCUCGUUCCCUUCUACUGGAUCUAGUAGCAUGCAAAUAGCAUCCUCUUCUUCUGUCCAGCUUCAACAGAGGCAGCAGGGUUCCUUAGAAGAGCGCAAUAAAGCUUCUCCGCCGUUGUCCAGCUACAUGAAACCAGCUUUAUCAUCUUCAACUAAUGCUUCAGUUACCUCUAGUGAUACAUCUAGUACAUUAAAGAGUACAGCUAAUCCUGUAUUGUCUUCAACCACUGGUUUUCUUCGUACCACCCGCUCGACUACUUCAGCACGGUUUGGCUCUGCUUUGAAUAUUGAAACACUUGUUGCUGCUGCAGAGCGAAGGGAAACUCCAAUUCAGGCCCCAGCAUCAGAAAUUCAGGACAAAAUAUCAUUUAUCAUAAAUAACCUAUCUCCAGCUAAUGCGGAAACUAAAGCAAGAGAAUUUUCCGAGUUCUUCCAAGAGCAAUAUUAUCCUUGGUUUGCCCAAUAUCUGGUGAUGAAAAGAGCAAGCAUUGAACCAAAUUUUCAUGACUUGUACUUGAAGUUCUUGGACAAAGUUAAUUCAAAGCCUUUGAACAAAGAAAUUGUUCAAGCUACAUAUGAAAACUGCAAGGUAUUGUUGGGAUCUGAACUCAUCAAAUCAAGUUCUGAGGAGCGUUCACUGUUAAAGAAUCUUGGAAGCUGGCUUGGGAAGAUUACAAUAGGCAGGAAUCAAGUAUUGCGGGCGCGAGAGAUUGAUCCUAAGUCUUUAAUUAUAGAGGCUUACGAGAAGGGUUUGAUGAUUGCUUUAAUUCCAUUUACCUCAAAGAUAUUGGAACCAUGUCACAACAGUCUAGCUUAUCAACCACCCAAUCCUUGGACUAUGGGUAUUCUUGCAUUACUAACUGAGAUUUAUGCAAUGCCAAAUUUGAAAAUGAACCUUAAGUUUGACAUUGAGGUUCUAUUUAAAAACCUUGCUGUGGAUAUGAAAGAUGUCACUCCUAGUUCUCUUCUCAAGGACAGACCAAGAGAAACAGAAGGAAAUCCUGAUUUUUCCAACAAAGAUGUUGCACCAUCUCAGGCAUCGAUAGUUGGUGAUGUUAAACCUGGUGUGUCGUCUACUCUUAAUCAAGUUGAGCUGCCACAUGAUGUUGCUAGUCCCGCCCAUCCUACUGCACAUUCUCACUUAUUAUCCCAGUAUGCUGCUUCUGUUCAUCUUUCUGCGCCUACAUUGGAGGACGAUAAGGUGGCUCCUUUCGUCUUAUCUGAUCAGCUCCCUUCUGCUCAAGGACUUCUACAAGUGCAAUCUCCCUUCACUGUUAGCCAGCUUCCGACACCAGCUUCUAAUAUUGAACAGCAAGUGGUAGUCAACCCCAAAUUGCAUACUCUGGGUCUGCAGCGACAUUUUCAGAGUGUACUCCCUGCUGUCAUGGAUCGGUCUAUCAAAGAAAUUGUAUCCAGCAUUGUGCAGCGUAGUGUUUCUAUUGCAACUCAGACAACCAAAGAGCUAGUGCUAAAGGAUUAUGCUAUGGAAUCAGACGAGACUCGAAUUCGUAAUGCUGCACACUUAAUGGUGGCAAGUUUGGCUGGAAGCCUCGCCCAUGUGACAUGCAAGGAACCUCUUCGCGCUUCAAUUAUAAGUCACUUGAGAAGCUCAGUUCAGGGGUUGACUCUUGCAAACGAACUUCUUGAACAAGCUGUACAGCUUGUUGCUAAUGAUAACCUUGACCUGGGAUGUGCUCACAUUGAACAAGCUGCGACAGAGAAGGCUAUACAGACUAUUGAUGGGGAAAUAGCACAACAAUUAUCUAUAAGAAGGAAGCAAAGGGAGGGUGUUGGUCCUGCAUUUUUUGAUACAAGCCUGUAUACUCAAGGUCACAUGGGGGUUUUACCCGAGGCCCUCCGACCGAAACCUGGGCGUCUUUCGCACUCGCAACAGAGAGUGUACGAGGAUUUUGUCCGGUUACCCUGGCAAAAUCAAUCUAGUCAAACCUCAAAUAUUUCUCCAGUGGGUCCUUCAACAUCCGUCAGUAGUGCCCUUUCUCAGGCAUAUGGUUCAGCAUCUGGUCAACUAAAUUCUGGUCCCUAUUCAACCCUUGGAAACACAGGAAUGGGUUCUGUUGCACAUUCCCUUGAUCUUGGCUCUGAAGAACUGGAUGCUGGUCCACCGAAACAACUUAGUGUUUCCACAAUGCCUUCUGGGUUGGCUGAAGGUGUAGUUCAACAAAAUUUUGAGAGUGAUGCUAUCCCUGUUUCUUAUCCUUCUGCUUCGGCAUCUGAGUUGCAGUCUGCAGAACCAACAAUUGUUUCAAAAGAAUCUGGAGCAUCUGUGCAGGCAUUGCCUUCUACAUCCACAAGUGAGCGACUUGGAAGCAGCAUCUCAGAACCAUCAUUGACUACAGGCGACGCGCUGGACAAGUAUCAGCUUGUUUCAGAGAAGCUUGAAAGUUUAGUCACUAUUGAUGGUACAGAAGCUGAUAUUCAGGCAAUUGUUUCUGAGGUUCCCGGGAUCAUUCUAAGGUGUAUAAGUCGAGAUGAGGCUGCAUUGGCAGUAGCUCAGAAGGUUUUUAAAGGGCUAUAUGAAAAUGAGUCGAACAAUGCACAUGUUGGUGCACACCUUGCAAUUCUCUCUGCCAUUCGUGAUGUUAGCAAGCUUGUUGUCAAGGAGCUGACUAGUUGGGUAAUCUACUCUGACGAGGACCGGAAAUUCAACAUAGAUAUUACUGUUGGCCUUAUUCGAAGCGACCUGCUCAAUCUUGCAGAGUAUAAUGUUCAUAUGGCGAAGCUUCUUGAUGCAGGAAGGAAUAAAGCUGCCACAGACUUUGCAGUGUCCCUCAUUCAAACUCUAGUGAUGAGCAAUUCAAAAGUCAUAUCUGAAUUACAUCAUCUUGUUGAUGCACUUGCUAAGCUUGCAGCACGGCCUGGAUCUCCCGAGUCAUUACAACAGCUUGUGGAGAUUGCUAGGAAUCCUUCUGCCAGUGCUGCUUCUUUAUCAGGUCUUGCUGUCGGGAAAGACGAUAACCUGAGACACUCUAGAGACAGAAAGCAAACUACUGGUCUCUCUGCAGCAAGCCGGGAAGAGUACAAUCUCUUGGACUCUGUGGAACCAGAUCCAGUUGGAUUCCGCAAUCAGGUCUCAAUGCUGUUUGCAGAAUGGUAUCAGAUAUGUGAACUUCCUGGGGCAAAGGAUGCAGCUUCUGCUCACUUUGUCUUACAGUUGCUGCAAAGUGGGCUGCUGAAAGGGGAUGAUAUGCUGGAUAAAUUUUUCCGCCUUCUUAUGGAACUCUCUGUGUCUCACUGUCUACAAUCACAUCAACAAACCCAGCCACUGUCUUUCCUUGCUAUUGACAUAUAUGCAGCACUCGUCUUUUCGAUACUCAAGUUCUUUCCGGCAGACCAGGGAUCAAGUAAACUAUCUCUGCUGUCCAAGGUUCUGGCGGUUACUGUGAGAACUAUUCACAAAGAUGCUGAGGAGAAAAAAACAUCUUUCAAUCCUAGACCUUAUUUUAGGCUGUUCAUCAACUGGCUGCUUGACCUGACUACCUUGGAGCCAGUGACUGAUGGUGCAAACUUACAGGUUUUGAUAGCACUUGCCAAUGCAUUCCAUGCACUGCAACCACUUAAAAUUCCUGCAUUCAGCUAUGCUUGGCUUGAGCUUGUGAGUCAUAGAAGUUUCAUGCCGAAGUUGCUGACUGGGAAUCCUCAGAAGGGUUGGCCUUUUUUCCAGCGUUUGCUGGUAGAUUUAUUCCAGUUUUUGGAGCCAUUCCUGAGGAAUGCGGAACUCGGAGAGCCGGUUCAUUUUCUGUAUAAAGGUUCGCUGAGGGUAUUGUUAGUGCUGCUUCAUGAUUUUCCAGAAUUUCUCUGUGACUAUCAUUUCAGCUUCUGUGAUGUUAUUCCUCCCAGUUGCAUACAAAUGCGAAAUAUAAUCCUCAGCGCAUUUCCUCGCAACAUGAGGCUGCCAGAUCCUUCCACUCCCAACUUAAAGAUUGAUCUGUUGGCGGAGAUCACUCAGGCCCCACGUAUACUCUCGGAGGUUGAUGCUGCUCUGAGAGCGAAGCAGAUUAAGAGUGAUGUUGAUGAAUUCCUGAAGACCAAGCAACAAGGGUCUUCUUUUCUUUCUGAGCUGAAGCAAAAACUGCUGCUACCACCAAGUGAUGCCGCUCGAGCUGGAACUCGGUACAAUGUACCUCUGAUGAACUCCCUUGUACUUUAUGUUGGAAUGCAGGCUAUACAGCAGCUGCAGGCGAGAACUCCCCCUCAUGCACAGGGAAGUGUCUCAUUGGCUGCAUUUCAUGUGGGUGCUGCAUUAGACAUCUUUCAGUUAUUAAUCACAGAGCUAGAUACAGAAGGGCGGUACCUUUUCCUAAAUGCUGUUGCUAACCAACUACGUUAUCCAAACAAUCAUACACAUUACUUCUCUUUCAUCCUGCUCUACUUGUUUGCAGAAUCGAAUCAGGAAGUUAUCCAGGAACAAAUUACCAGAGUUUUAUUGGAACGUCUCAUUGUUAAUCGACCUCAUCCUUGGGGGCUUUUAAUCACAUUCAUUGAACUCAUUAAGAAUCCAAGGUACAACUUCUGGAGUCGGUCUUUCACCAGAUGCGCACCGGAGAUUGAGAAGCUCUUUGAGUCAGUCUCGAGAUCAUGCGGUGGUCCAAAACCUGUGGAAGAAGGGGUGGUUUCCGGUGGGUUGGCUGACAUGCACUAGAUAUUCUGUUAUUUAUCUGGCACUGAACUGACUAAUAUUGUGCAUUAAAUUAAGACACCUGUAGGAUAAUAGAUUGAUGGCAACUGCAACUUAUUUGAAAUUGGCAAACUUUAUGUUUUAACGAUAAGUUAAUAAGUUAAAAACAGUUCAUUUUGCAA